AUGGCCCUGGAGCAGCUCUGCUCGGUCCUCAAAGUGUUCUUAAUAACAAUACUUGUAGUGGAAGGGAUUGCUGUGGCCCAAAAGACCCCAGAUGGACAAAAUAUUGGAAUCAAGCACGUUCCUGCAACCCAAUGUGGCAUUUGGGUUCGAACCAGCAAUGGAGGUCAUUUUGCUUCACCAAAUUAUCCUGAUUCAUACCCACCAAACAAGGAGUGUAUCUACAUUUUGGAAGCUGCUCCACGUCAAAGAAUAGAAUUAACCUUUGAUGAACGUUAUUAUAUAGAACCAUCAUUUGAGUGUCGAUUUGAUCACUUGGAAAUUCGAGAUGGGCCGUUUGGUUUCUCUCCUCUUAUAGAUCGUUACUGUGGCAUGAAAAGCCCUCCAUUAAUUAGAUCAACAGGGAGAUUCAUGUGGAUUAAGUUUAGUUCUGAUGAAGAACUUGAAGGACUUGGAUUUCGAGCAAAAUAUUCAUUUAUUCCAGAUUGCCAGUUUGAGCUCUCGGGAGCUGAUGGAAUAGUACGUUCUAGUCAGGUAGAACAAGAAGAAAAAACAAAACCUGUCCAAGCAGUUGAUUGCAUAUGGACAAUUAAGGCUACUCCAAAAGCUAAGAAAAAAAAAGCAGGAGUAUUUGAACAAAUCACUAAAACCCAUGGAACAAUUAUUGGCAUUACAUCAGGGAUUGUCUUGGUCCUUCUCAUUAUUUCUAUUUUAGUACAAGUGAAGCAGCCUCGAAAAAAGGUCAUGACUUGCAAAACUGCUUUUAAUAAAACAGGGUUCCAGGAAGUGUUUGAUCCUCCCCAUUAUGAACUGUUCUCACUAAGGGACAAAGAAAUUUCUGCAGACCUGGCAGACUUGUCAGAAGAGCUAGACAGCUACCAGAAGAUGCGGCGCUCCUCCACUGCCUCCCGCUGCAUCCACGACCAUCACUGUGGAUCGCAGGCAUCCAGUGUCAAACAAAGCAGGACCAACCUCAGCUCCAUGGAACUUCCUUUCCGAAAUGAUUUUGCACAACCACAGCCAAUGAAAACAUUUAAUAGCACCUUCAAAAAAAGUAGCUAUACUUUCAAACAGGCACAUGAGUGCCCUGAACAGGCCCUAGAAGAUAGAGUGAUGGAGGAGAUUCCCUGUGAAAUUUAUGUCAGGGGACAAGAAGAUUCUGCACAAGCAUCCAUAUCCAUCGACUUUUAAUAUUCCACUCAAGGUGACACGUGGGUUACUAACUACAUGAGUAU